AUGACAUUAAAACAUUUCCAAAAUAGUUAUAUAGAAGUAUUUGGUUUUGGAAGAGGAAAAGAUAAUUCUCAAUCGGAUGAGUACGGGAACAAAUCAACAACACAAGCAGAAUCGAAAGUGCUGGUGGAUAAUAGUUGUGAGGCGUCUCUUGCCGCAUCUGCACAAUGUCCACCGAUGCCAGAUCUUACGGGUCUUACCAACGAAGAAAUACAAAUAAUAACAAAUGUCUUCCGGCGUCAAGAGCAGUUUGAAGUCGAAACUAAAGACAGAAUUAGGAACAUAAAGAUGGCACUUGAAAAAUACGAGACACUAUCUACUGAGUUUGCUACCCAGAAAACCAGUGGUUACGUCGAUCUUCGUCUCUGCCAACUGUGUUUCCGAGUGAAAUUCCCCGACGGAAUUGGACGAGUUUGUUGUGAUUGCGAAAAGAGAGUCUGCCAUAAAUGUGGUUCCUUUGCAAGACCAAGAUGGGAUCCUAAAAGAAGUAAGAGUAUACGCGGGAAAUGGCGGUGCGCUCAUUGUCAACUACGAAGAGAGAUGAUGUGCAAGACGGGUACAUGGUAUCAUGGAGAUGAUACAGUUGAUACCAUCGAUAGUAGUGAAUCAACAAUCAAGCCAAAAUUGGAGAAUGAGGAUGCCAUUACUACAUUGGUGGAUCUGAUGUACAACAAACAAGAUGCGGACAAAUAUCUGUCGAAUGUAAAUAAGGAUACUCUGACGGAUGUGUCGUCUGAUGUUUUCCGUUCAGCUGUUGAAACAGAAGGUCACCCGACCAUUGCCCAGAACCCGGUUAAUCGUAGAUCCUAUCGUGCUCGGAGUUUGCCAACUGGAUACACCUGUGAAUAUAGAGACGAAGAAGCGUCAGGGGACACAGAACAAUUCGAAACGGAAAGGAAAAUGCGAAGGAAAAAAAGACUCGAUCGCAAAUUUCGCCGUCGGUCUGUACUUCGCAAUCGAUCUGAAUUUGAUCGAGAAAUUCCUGAAAUUAUUGUAAACCCUCCCGAAGAGCCAUAUCGACGCUCGGCACGAUCCCGCACUCUUUCAGCUUCGUCCGUUAGCAGUAGAAAACAACAAGAGAAUAAUGUUAAACGUAAGCCAAUUCGUAAAGGAGACAUAGUGUGCGAUGAGAAAAAGAACGAGAAACUUACCGAGAAAAGAAGUGACAGCCACAAUAAGAUACAACGGCAGGAUGCAGUCUGCUACAGUAGUUCAUCUAACAGCUUAACCUCAGAGAGUAAGGUUGAUAUACAGGGGAAUGACAAAACUAAAACACUGGAAGCAAAUGAUUACACCAUUAAAAAAUCGUCUGCUGAUGAAAAGAAAAAUAGAUUCCGUUCAGUGAGUUUGACUCCUACACGUGUUCGAACGCUCGAUGUAACGCCAGUAUUUCGCUCUAGUACCUACGAUGUACCAAUGGUCAGAGGGAAUGAUCUACUUGCACCAGACACUAGUCCUAACAAAUGUCGAAGGAUCACCCUACCUUUGUGCCAAGAUCUGGGUUUGGCUGCUCAAAAAGCCAAAGGAGAUCAAGUGAAUGUACCACCUUCAAAUCCACACGAAGUGAUUUUGCAUCGAAACAAGGAUGAUAGCAGUUGCCGAACUCGAGGACUUGGAAUGCGUGUUAUCGGAGGAAAACAAGGAAAAUGGGGACGAAUGGGUGCUUAUGUGACGAAUGUAGAAGAAGGAGGCCCUGCCGAUUUACAAGGAAACAUUCGAGAAGGUGAUCAAAUAAUAACAUGGGAUGGACAAUCAUUAGUAGACGUUACAUUUGAGGAAGCACAGGAAAUAAUGGAUCAUUCCGGUAAUAUUGUGCAGAUUGUCAUUUGGCAUCGACCAGUCACUGAAGAGGAAACCGUUGCUCCGACUGCGGCAUCAAGACGGGAAAAAUUCCAAAGAGCAGACACAACGGAUAUGGAGUUGACGCAGUCAACAAACAAGGAAUUCGAAAGUUUUGGAGUACGGCGGAAAAAGAGAAUACUUCCGAAAACCCCGUUGGAGAUAAAGAAGGAUACUACACGCUUGAUCACGGGGCGUCUACAAAUGAAACUUAACUACAAACCAGAACAAAUGAAAUUAUUUGUGACUUUAAUAAAAGUGACAAAUUUAGUUCCUCCAGAGAAACCCGAAAGAAAAAUACCUAACCCUGUUGCUAUGCUACAUUUGCUACCCAAAAGAAAUGAAUCACAAGUUUUCGAAACCACAACAAUUUUGGAAUGCUCGUCACCAGAGUGGAACGAAACUUUUACGUUCGUUGAAAUCCCUCCUUCGCGGUUCAAGUCCUUGACGCUUGAAAUAACUUUGUGGUCAUUUAACAAAUCGGCUGACGAUGAUUUCAUAGGAGAAGUUCUGAUGGACUUGUACGAUGCCCCUAUGGACAAUCAGCUAAUUUGGUAUGAUCUAGAGGAUCACGAUGAGAACAGUUCUCCUCUGCCAGAACGCCAGCAAUUCUUUCCUGACAACUCACCAAUGAGUUCAGCAUCGACAGAAACAUCACGUGCCGGGACCCCGUGUCGUGGGUCUCCGAGUCCAAUAAACAGGAGUCCUGCUCAUUCUUUUAGUCAAAGAAGCGUUUCGGGCAUACCAAAUUAUGAAAAGCGGAAACAUUUACUCACACAUACCAAAAAAUCUCCUGCCCGAGAUAAGUUAGACGCACCAUUUGGACGGAUUUCCCCUUUGCACUCCCCAGCUAGCAGUGAAGAUUCUUAUAUUGUGCAGCCAGGCCAGAAUAAUUUAGUUACAAGUGAUUAUCUGCCUCAACACCAACAUACCAUAAGCGAAUAUUUGAUACAUCAACGCUUGACCUUAGUUACUGACCCAACGCUUAGCGCGUGCCUUCAGCCAAGCUCAGGUGUCCAUCGCAAUUCCCUGAGUAAGAAGGUGAAGCGAAAGAUGUCACAAGCAGUUAUGAAAGUUUCGGCAUCAUUGGCAGCAUCUGAUUGUCGAGAAAGCAACGAAAGUCUCCCUUCGGUAAAACUCUCCGAGUCAGAUUUACAUACCUUAAUAGUAGAGGAUUUCUCCCAGCCGGUCAACCGCAGUGUUAGUGCUGGCAACGUUCACACCUUGGACAUUAAAGACUAUUUGCUGCCAUCUUCACUGCAGAACAGAGGUAGUGCACCGCAGUUAGGAGAUCUUGCUACACCUCUGUCGCAGGCAACUAGUAUUACGAGUCUUCAUGCAGAUACCACAUCAGCUGAAUUACUUAGAAGUACACAAACUUCACCUUUACUUCAACAUAUUCAUAAUGUACCGGAGUUGCCAUGCCAAGGACCAGGGCAGAUCGAAGCUGUACAGCCAGGUGAUGAAACGAAAGGAUGCAUGAAACUUGGUUUUAUAGUUACGAAGGGUCAGUUAGAAAUCAGUGUAAUCACAGCUCAUGGUUUAUCAAGACCAGACAAAUCUGUGCCACAAGAAACCUAUGUGAAAACAUAUCUGAUGCAAGGAAAUAAAACGAUGCAGAAGAAGAAAACGAGCGUGAACAAAGAAGGUGUGAAUCCAAGCUAUAGAGAGAAGAUAAAAUAUUCUGCCUGUAAUGCUCUUGGAAGACACUUAAAGAUUAACGUUUGGGAAAAACAGAAAACUUUCGAUAAGAAAGUCUGUCUUGGAGAAAUCGUGGUAAAAUUAGAAAAUUUGGAUUUGAGCAGGCAUACAGUUGGCUGGUAUCAACUAUUCUCACCUGGAGCUACAGACAUGAGUUCUGAUGAAGCCUUUUCCCAUUGGUAAUCAUUAAAACUAUGAAGAAAGUCUUGGGGACGCAGUUUUUGGAAAAGAGCGACAGAAACAAACUUGAUGGAGAUAGAAAUGCAGUUCUCAUCUCUAGUAAAGAACGACCGAUGUGUUGCUGUGUCUUCAACUUUAUCUUGAAACAUUUGCUUAAAAUUGGUUUAUGGUUGUCUUCAAAAUAUUCCAAGAUGGAAUGGACAUGAAAAGCUACCGGAUUUGUGUAAAUAUAUAUAAUCUGCCAAAUUUUCUGAUACUGCGGGACGCUAUUAUAAUGAGAUGACAACCCAGCAAAAUCGUUUUUCGAUUCCUGAUGAAGAAAACAACUUCACUUAAUUUACAUCACUGAUAUCCUUUGCGAAAUGCAUGGAAGGUUACAGAAUAUGCUAAUAAUGCACUUCCUCCAUCUGCUACUCAGUCUUUUGUUCUUCAUUUUGUUUCUCGUCUUAAAAAAAAAACAGAAAAUUGAAACCUUUCACCAGAACGAGGCUUCAUGAACGAAACAUUCCUCAUCACAAAAAUAUCCCAUUCGGACAAACACGUCAUCGAUAAUUUCCACAAAUUGUUGCUAUUGAUAAUGCUUAUUAUUAUUACUAUUAUUAUUAUUAUUAUUAUUAUUAUUAUUAUUAUUAUUAUUAUUAAGGCGGCGAGCUGGAAGAAUCGUUAGCACGCCGGGUGAGAUGCUUAGCGGCAUUUCGUUCGUCUUUACGUUCGGAGUCCAAAUUUCGCCGUGGUCCACUUUGCCUUUCAUCCUUUCGGGGUCGAUAAAAUAAGUACCAGUUGCCCUUGUGGCAGAAUUUGAACCCACUUUUAUUAUUAUUAUUAUUAUUAUUAUUAUUAUUAUUA